AUGAGUCUGGUAGGGGUACCACAGUUUCAGUACCAGGUCCCAUAUGAAGAAGAAGGGGUAGAACCGUGGUAUAUUAUAAUAACCAGUACUGGUAAGCAUUUCUAUUUCAAUUCAACAUUAAAGAGAUCAUAUUGGCAACUUUCUCAAAUAUUUGAAGAGGGGGUUAAAAAGCAAGAAUUUGUGAAGAAGAUUGAUUUUGAAGCUGUACUGAUUCUUGUAAGUAAAGUAAAUGGAUUAAGAAUUGAUGGUGAAGAAAAAGAGAAUGAGAUAAAGGUUGAAAAGAGUAAGGAAGGAGAGGAUGAUAUAAGUGAAGAAGUAGAAGAUGUAGAUGAUGAUGAAGUAGAAGAAGAAGGUGAAAUCGAUAUAGAUGCUAGGGAUGCAUUUAUUAAUGAUCUUUUAAAAGAUGAAGGGUAUUUAGAGAGUGAGAAGAAUGAAAAGGAAAAUUCUUCUCCACCGACUCCUGAUAAUAAUAUCAAUAACUCAAUCUCUGCUACUUCUGGUUUGAAUCUUGGUUAUUCUUCAAGUGAAGAAGAUGAAGAAGAAGAUGAAGAAGAAGAUGAAGAAGAAGAUGAAGAAGAUAAUGAGGACGAAAGAGGAGUAGAAAUCCAACAAACGGAUAAAGAAACUUCAAUAGAUGGACAAUUGGUAGAAGAGAACCAUGUUGUUGAUGAACUGGUUCUAGAGAAAAAUAAUCUUGAGAUUGACUCUGAUUCUGAUUCUGAAGUAGAAAAUGUCAAUGAUGGGUUAAAUUUUGAUUUAUCUGAAGAUGAAGCAGAUGAAUUAAAUUCCAAUUCAACUACAUUUGAAGAUUUCUUCAGUUUAUUGGACUCUUUCAAAGAUAAGAUUUCCAUUUAUGACCCUUGGUUUAUUGUUGAAGAAGAACUUUUAAGUGAACUUAUUAAAUUCCCAGAAUAUUAUUCUGUGGCAGAUGAUAAACGAGAAGUUGCGUUUGAAGAAUGGGUUAAAUUGGAACUUUUUAAAAAAGUAGAACCCCAAAAAGAUUCCAAAUUUGCAUUUGCAAAGAAUUUAAGCUCAAAGUACCCAACAGGGAAGCAAGAAUAUUUCAAGUUUUUACAACUUCACAAGGAGAAACUGUUGAAAUUGUAUUAUUCUGAGUUUAAGAAAGAAUUAAGAGAAGAUAUCAAUGAAUUCCUAGAUUCGAUAUCUUCUAACGAUCUCACUGAGCAUGUUAGAGAAACGGCUUUCCGUCAAUACUCACUCAUGUUAAAGGAUUUUAAAAUAUAUGAAAAGGCAACCAAAAGGAAAAUGGGUACAAAUGGAGGAGUUAACCUUAAAAAGAAAAAAUUGGAAGAUUUUUUGUUGAAUAAUAAAGACAUUCUUGUCAAGAGCAUAAAGAAUCGUACAACGGAAGAAAGAUCAGAGUUUACGACUGGAGUUGAAGGUUUUGUACUUCAAGAUCAAUCCGAUGAAGAUGCAAAUGAAGUAUGGACUUUAAUUUGUAACUAUUACGAGUUACCAUCCUUAAUUUGUGAAGAUGUGACAAAUUAUAUUGUUGGACCUAAAAAGAGAUGUGAAGUAUAUUACGAAAUUAUACGCCUUAUUAUGAAUAGAUAA